AUGAAACAGACUUUACUCACCGCUAGUAUUGUGGCUUUGGCCACAUUGGCUAUGCCAGUUCUUCCAGAUUUGGCACGUAAUGGUGCGACGGUUUAUGCAACCCAGGUUUCUCCACUAGAAUCCACCGAAGUUCGUGGCGAGCAGUUGCUACAACAAGUAGAUGAAGUUUUGGCACUCUCAGGAAAGUCAAAAGUUAAUCUGAUUGGUCAUAGUCAUGGUGGACCGACUAUUCGUUAUAUUGAAGCAAUUGCACCUGAGAAAGUCGCUUCACUCACUGCUGUUGCUGGAACGUUUAAAGGGUCCAAAGUGGGAGAUGAUAUGUUGGAUAAUCCUGCUGAGAAAUUUUUAUUUACCGUCUUAGGACAAUAUAUCGUUGCUCCAGUGGAGUUACUUCUACAAGGUAAUCCUGAUUUGCCGAUUAGUCUGGAUCGCUCAUUGAAAUCAUUAAGUGAAAAGGGUUCUGCAGAAUUCAAUGCAAGAUUCCCAACUGCAGCAAUCCCAUCUGAUUGUGGCAAUGGUCAGAAGAUUACCAGUAAUGGGCAUGGUUUGGACCAGAUCCUGUGUCACUUUAUCGUCAACAGAAAGCUGAUAAAGAUUUAUUAG